AUGCCCAUCCCGGACCUUCCGUCCCUCCCGACAGAGGACUCGCUCCUAUCGCAAAAAUUCGGCCGGGAGAUCGCCAACUACUUUUCGGGAUCCCCUUUGAACCGCGUCUCCUUUCUGCGCAGCGACGGGCCCUUUCUGCGCGCCGCUUUUGCCCACCCGCGCGCCCGCUUCCUGCUCCUGCGCGACCUCGCCCCGCUUGUCCGGUCCCCCACCGACACGGCUAACCUCGCUUUUGCCUCGCGCGCAGACGUGCUGCCCCUCACGGGCCCGGAACCCUUUGCUAGAUCUGAGGAGGAGCAGAUUGCGGAGUAUGAUUCUGAGGAGGGGCCGCAGCCGAUUAUUGUGUUUCUGGGGAUUGAUGAGCGGGGGGAGUUGAAGGGUUUGUUUUCGGGUAGCGGUAGUGGUGGGAGUGAGGGGGAGGGUGGUGAGGAGUUUAAGUACAGGGAUUUUGAGGGCGAUCCGUACUUUGCUCUGGAUGUUACGCCCAGGGACGACGGGCUGAAGGAGAGGGCGGAAGAAGUGAUUAAGGCGGUAACCGCGAGGGGGUUGGUAUUUUAUGAGGGGGGACCGAGGCAUAUGGGAUUACACGCCGGGCAAGCGGCUAUGUACGGGCAUGCGCGCGCCAUAAUCGACUGGAACGUGAGGACGCCGUUCUGCGCUCAGUGCGGGCAGCCGACGCUGUCUGUUAACGCGGGCACCAAGAGGGUGUGUCCGCCAACAGACAAGGCGGGCGGCCAAGUCAGAAACCGCAAGCCCUGCGCGACGAGGGGUACCGUCUCGAACCAUAGCUUCCCUAGGACGGACCCGACGGUCAUCAUGGCGGUUAUCAGCGCAGAUGGGACCAAGGUUCUCCUGGGCCGGCAGCGGCGGUGGCCAAAGUACUGGUUCAGCACGCUCGCUGGGUUCCAGGAGCCCGGCGAGUCCAUCGAGGAAGCGGUCCGACGGGAGGUUUGGGAGGAGAGCGGAGUCCGUGUGGGCCGCGUGAUCUUGCACAGCUCGCAGCCGUGGCCGUUCCCGGCGAGCCUGAUGAUUGGCGCCAUCGGCCAGGCGCUGCCCGGCGAUGGCGAGAAGAUCUAUCUUGGACACGACGCGGAGCUCGAAAGUGCGAAGUGGUUCCCUCUCGAGGAAGUCAGGGAAGCAUUGUUGAAGGGGACGAGCAACCUGGGAGAAGGGGCCCCUGAGGGGUACGUGGAGGGCGCACUACGCCUUCCGCCGCAGACGGCCAUCGCGAAUCGCUUGAUAACGGCGGUGGUAGAGGGCUGGUGGAUACCGUCGAGGAUGUAG